ACCCAGAAUCAUGUAAAAAUUUCUCAGAUAAAAAGGAGUCUUGAGUGGAUAAAGUUUAAGAAGCCCUGACACCUCACAUAUUUCACAGGUGAAAAAACAGGCCUAGAGAGAUGAAAUGACCCAUUUCCCAAGGUCACACAAAUCACAGAUCAUUAGAUUCCACAUGAGGUUCUAUAGCAUGCUCUGCUUGGAGGAGGAGAAUCCCAGUAUGAUGUUAAGAAUGGGAAAAUAAAGCCUUGCUUCCAGGGCUAAGGACAUCACUUCCAUUAGGGUCAAAGAUGCUUCCUAAAGGGUGCCUCCAUCCCAGGGGCUUGUAGGAAGGAAAAGGAAUGGGAGCCUUGUCUAGGCAGAGGGAAGGCAGCAUAUGGAAUCCCUGGGACUGUAUGAGGUGAGGCCAGGUUGCCAAGGCAACUGCUGUCCCUGAGGCCGUUGUUGCCUUAACCUCUCCGGAGGCAGUUUGCCUCUUCAGUUGCCUUAGCCCAGGUAGCCCUUCAUCCCGGAGGCUGUUGUUGCCUUAACCUCUCAGAAGGUCUGUUCACCCCUUGUUGCCUUAGCCCAGGUAGCCCUCCGUUGCUGAGGCUGUUGUUGCCUUAACCUCCCAGGAGGCCCUUCGCCCCUUCAGUUGCCUUAGCCCAGGUAGCCCUUCUCCCUGGGCCACCAUGGCGCGGCACCUCAAUAUGGACACACAGCGACUAAACUUCUGGAAAGAAGAACACCUAAAGGAGAUGAUGUUGCGUUGUGAUUGGCACCGAAAGUACGCGGCGAAGGUGAAAGCCAAGCAGAUGGCGAGGGAUGCCACAAGAAAGGGCUUCAAACUGCCUACCUUGGGCCCCAAGGCCCCACCUUCUCCUCCUCCUCCACCAAAAGAGCCUCCCAAAACCCCUCCUCCCGUGGUGGAGACUCCGGUAGAGUCAGAAAUGUUCCCAGUGCCACCUGAAAUACGGGAACUCCUUUACCAGGGAAUCUCUCAUGAUUUCCAGGGUCGCUUCAACUACUUGCAAAAACGCAGAAUUACCAAGCCAGAAGAUCGCUACCUCUUCCCCAUCACUACCAACUUCACUUACGGCUGGCAGUUGGGCACCCCAGUGGAACGAAAGAUGGUCUCCUGUAAGAUGUGCCGAAUAGAAACCUUCUUCCGCAAGAAUGGGGCCUUUGCUCUACUGGACCCUAAGGACUUAGCCCUCUGACCUUGGGCUUGGGGGGAGGGUGGGCAGGGAAAUGGAGAUUACAUGCCCUCAGGUGGGGCAAAGCUGGCUCCCUCUGUGGUGGGUGUAUAUGUCUGGGUUUCCUGGGCACUGGGGGUUGGUUAAAUCCCUGGCCUUUCUGUAGUUCUGGCCAGUGCCGCUGACCUCUUGUUUCUGGCCAUCAGAGAGCAUUCCACUGCCUUUCUCCCCACCAUCCCCUUGACCACUAACCCUCCUCAGGCCCCAAGAGGGCUGGCCCAGAGCUGGGAGGAGUCGGUUCUCCCCAGUCCUUUGGGGUUGCAGCAGCUCCUGGAAAUUUCUAGUGUUCCUGGGGGAGACAGCCACCAUCAGGUCAUGCACCAAACUGUGCAUCCCUUGCCCUUGCCCCCGGCCCAGGAGAGCACCCCAAGAUGAGCUCUCACCGCUCCCGCUGGGCCCGCAGCAGCCCCGUCCUUUCCUUGUGUCGCUGCUCCAGCUGCUCCCGCAAGUCCAUCCCUGCCAGCCUCACCUCUGCCGGGCUACGUCGUCCUGGUGGGUCGGAGACCGAGUAAGCCCAUGGUUCUCUGCAGAGCCAGGACACCCAGCUACAGGCAGCAGCGCCAGGUGCUCCCCCAUCAGCCUGAGACCCGGGCCUUUCUCCUUUCUUUCCCCCCUCUCCCAGGGACUUGCCUGCAUCCGGGGCUGGGGGGGAGUGAUCGGGGACCUCAGGAGGUCUACCCCUGAGCGGCGAUUCCUGGCGAUGCGCAGGCGCUCCUGGACCUGAAGAUGGACGAGGGCAUUGUCCCAAGAGCUGAGGUCCUAGGGCCUGGCCUCCGAGACCAGUCACCUAGAAGGUGUCUCCCCUUCCUUGGGUCGGAUAGCCCCUCUUAGCCUGAGCCUUUGCU